AUGACCCACUUAUCGAACUCCCUAUUCCCUAACCCACCAGACCCAACUAUACACCCGACCCAUUUCUUUUUCUUGAGCGGUAGAAAGAACGUGCAAAUAACCCUAACUCCAAAAUUUACCCCUGCUGCUGCAGCUCCCGUCCGCCGGCGACACCCACCGCAACAACUGCCGUCCAACCACAGCACCACCGUGAGGCGCCGCCUUCCACCCUCUUUUCUAUUUUCCUAUUCCCCUUGUCUCUCCCGUCUCGAACACCACAACACCACCGCACAUCAUCGAACCCCAACCAUCUCACCACCUCUGCCUUCCACUUCAGGGAAUUUUGCAAUUCAGGCAAUUCUCGUAGUAAGAAACCCCAAGAACUGUAUAAUCAUUGCAUGUAUGAUUUACCAGUCUUGUGUUGGUGGGUCUAUUUGGGUGUUGAAAAUGCAUCUUGGAACAUUGGGUUUGAAGAUGGGAGGAUUAGCAUGUCUGUGUUUUCCCGGACGCCGGAAAGUUAACCCCAAAGAUAAUGCCAUUUCCGAUGAACAACGUGAUUGUAAGCCACCAGAUGCCGCCACCACUCCUACAGUUCAAAAGGUGGAUAACGAUCUGCUUAAUCAAUCAACAGAAAAGUCAGAAACAAAACAGGUGGAUGCUCCUUUGAACACUAUUGGAAAGAAACAAAGGGAAUUCAGUUACCAAGAACUUGUAAAGGCUACAAAUAAUUUCAGGCAUGAUCGCUAUCUCGGGGAAGGUGGAUUUGGGCAAGUAUAUAAAGGAAACCUAGAAAACCCUAACCAAGUUGUGGCUGUUAAAAAACUCAAUAAAGAUGGUUUGCAAGGGAAUAAGGAAUUUCAAGUUGAAAUCACAAUGCUUUCACUCGUGUGUCACCCAAAUAUCGUUACCUUGAUCGGAUAUUGCUCCGAAAGCAACCAACAUCUUCUAGUUUAUGAAUUCAUGCCCUUGGGAUCCUUGGAAAAACACCUACAUGAACCCAGACCAAAUAUGAAGCCACUUGAUUGGAACACGAGGAUGAAAAUAGCAGUAGGAACAGCUAGAGGCCUUGAUUACCUACAUAAUCAUUGUGAACCUCGAAGACAAGCAUUAGACGACACAAAAGAAGGUGGUCAAUAUCUUAUCGAAUGGGCGAACCCGAUGUUGAUUGACAAAAGGAAGUAUGUGAAGCUAGCGGAUCCGAGGAUGAAAGGGGAAUUUAUGCAAAGAUCGGUGAGGAAAGCUGUGGAGGUGGCGUUGAUGUGUAUGAAUAAUGAUCAAGAAAAAAGGCCGGAUAUGAGUGAAGUUGUGGAUGCGUUGGAUUUUGUGGCGUCUCUUUCCGAUCCGGUUAUGGUUGGAGAUCGGAAUCGGAAUUGGAAUCAGAAUGGCAAUAGUGGAUUGAUUGUAAAUUUGGAUUCAAGUGAUGAUGAAAAUGAUGGGUUGAAAGAGGAGGAUGAGGAUGAAAGAGCUAAAGCAAUAGAAGAGGCUAAAAUGUGGGGAAAGAGGUAUAAGCAUGAAGCAGCAAACACAACGCCGUUAUAAUGCUCUGCAAUUAAAAUUAUCAGACAACAUGUAGUAAGUAAAACCAACGAUUUUGUUGAGUUCUAUCUUUUUGUUAAUAGACCCAUGUAAUUCCGAUAAUGAUUUGUGAUAAUUUAGGAUUUUGUCUUUGGAUGUAGAUACAUAGGUAGGUAUAUUGAUGGUAUAGAUAAGUUUAGACUAGAGGUUUGUUUUCUUUUUCUUUUUUUGGAAGAUAUAUUGAUAGCAUGAAAAGAAAGGG